AUGACCGAACAGCUGUGCGACAACUGUAGAGACGAUAUCGUUCAAUGGGGAUGGAAUAUUGAAUGCCAUGUGUAUUUAGAGAUUGAGUGUUGGCGAAAGGAUGAAGGUGCACCAUCAACUGAAAGCGGAUCAAAUGUCGCUGGUUUACGGAAAUCCUUCUUUCCAAGCGAAUGCAUUGCACCCGGUAAUUGUUUUGACUUAAACAAGUUGCCCUUAAUCACUGAUGAGAAGGAACGUGUGAAGUAUGGAACAUUUUCUUUUAAGGCAACUAUAGUCUUAAUGUCUGAACUUUUACGCAGCCGCUACAAUUUCAGUACUAUAUUAGGUAAAGCAGAUCGCUUUACAUGA